ACAGUAAGUUAUAUGGAACAUUCAUACACCAGACCUUCAUGAUGAGUUUAAGAUUUUGCGUCAUCCAUCUGACCAUCAUCCACCUUGUAUGCUGCACACCUUGUAGUAUAUCUAGGGAUGGAAGGACAGCAGAUUGUUCCCAUCGACACUUAAACCAAAUUCCAAAUCUGUCCAGCCAUACGGAGUAUUUAGAUCUCACAGGAAACAACUUCACUACUUUGAGAAAUACCUCUUUUGAACAUCUGCCUAACUUGAAAACAUUGAACCUAAGAAGCUGUCAUAUCGAUCACAUUGACGGACAAGUGUUUGCCGUUUUGGGAAAUUUGCAGAAAUUAACAAUGAGUGAGAACAGAAUCAACAUCUUACACAAAAGGUUCGAACAUCUACGGUUUCACCAAAACCCCUUACUGACACAUCUAAAUUUAUCCUACAAUACCAAGGUAAAGCUACAGAACACGGUGCCAAGUGUGUAUCCUGACGAAGUAUUCGGAUCUCUGACAAGUCUUCAAGUACUCACCAUGGACCUUCUACCCAAUCCGGUGUUCGGGGAAGGUUUCAGCAAUUUGACGAAUAUCACAUCAUUGAUGUUUAGGGAAUGCGCAAUCCUGCAUCUGAAGAAUGAUACAUUCCAAUAUUUCCAGAACUUAACCAAACUGACGUCCUUGGAGAUGUCCAAUUGUCAGGUUCACAUCUUACCUUGGGUAAAAGUGGAGACAGCAGUCCUUCAAUACUUCCAUACUCUACAAUAUCUUGAUCUGUCAGGGACUAUGAUAACAUUUCCUGUUGCCCUGGAUAUUUUGUAUGGACUUACCGUUACAACAAACCAGAGUCAUCCUGUGAGGAAAAUGAAACUUUUAAACUUAUAUAAUGUGAAUCCAUUGAAACUGCUAUGGAUGUAUGAUGUUAGCUAUACGGUAAAACUGACCAAGGAAAUGACUAAGUAUUACAAACACUUAUGCAUUGAGGAUGUAAACAUUGGUAAAAACGGUAUUGUAGAAGUGGACGUAGACUCGAUAGAAAGUUUUAUUGAUAAUUCCUGCUUGAAACGUUUUGUGAUGCGUGAAAACAAUUUUCUAUUUACUUUUCCGAAAUUUAUGUUUGCUAUUGUGAGAUUUCUUGUACAAGCUGUAAAUCUACAGGAAAUUGAUUACUCAUAUAUUGCAAUACAGUUCUCAGAUGUGUCAGGAAAUCAGUUCCCAAACGUCGUUGGAGGUGUAUAUGAUCGACACCUGGCUAAUAAUGUCUUUGAUCCGGAAACCACACGACAUUUAUCAUUGAGCGGACGAGAAAGGUAUCGAUGUAUGCUUCCAAUUACAUCAAAUCACUUAAGUCAUGUUUGUAUAUCCCAUCUGAUGUUUCCAUUUUCAAUACUCUGUGACAUUGAUGUGUCGAUGCUGCCAAUGUUGACUUAUCUGGACAUGUCGUACAUGACUAUUGAUGAUAUGGACUUUAAAAUUAUUGGGGCUAAACUUUCGUACUUUGACGUUUCCGGAAUGGAUUUCGGUCACUCGGGUAGUAGACUUUUAGGAAAUCUCGUAGGUGUCAAAAGACUAAUGAUUCGUGACGCAAAUCUGGAUAGAGCGUUCAGCAACGGGAAUUAUAUUUUCAGAAACGCGAGUCGUAUAGACGAACUGGAUAUGUCCUUAAACCAUUUGAACAGCUUACCAAACGAAACACUCGAGGGCCUUGAAGAUCUUCAGAAAUUAAAUUUGUCCUGGAAUUUCAUGAAAAAAAUUCCUCCUGGAUUAUUUAAGAUGAAUAACUUAUCCCAUAUUGACUUGCGAUAUAACAAAUUGGUAUUUUUAGAUAAGGUUACGACAGACUGGUUGGAUAACAGGGCCGAUAGGUCUGAAUCUGGUGUUACUGUGUUAUUGGAUGGGAAUCCUUUCACAUGUACAUGUGACACGGAGGAUUUCGUUUCGUGGAUUAUACUGACAAAAGUUAAGUUACAACAAAGAGAACCAGCAAACUUCACAUGCACUUUAAAAGAUGGUUCUAUUUCUAACAUAAAAUACGUCUACGAUAGUCGGGACGAUGUUUUCAGAAAUUGUAACGAUCAUCUGUUCUGGUUACAAUUUUCCAUAUCGGCGAUUAGCUUAGUAAUUUUGGCGAUAGUGUGUGCUACCAUCGGUCACACGUUCAGGUGGAGAAUAUUGUACUUCUUUUAUAGGAACUGUAAAAUCAAACCCGGCAUGGAGGACACCACUUCGUACAGUUAUGAUCUAUUUGUUGCAUACACUGCAGCAGAUUCUCCGUGGAUCUGGCAACAGUUGAGACCUACACUAGAGCUUCAACAUAGCAUACCUUUGUGUUUACAUGAGCGCGACUUUGAAGUCGGAGAAUCUAUUUCUCAAAACAUUGUGAACUGUUUACAAAAGAGCAAGAAGAUAUUAUUCGUGAUAUCGCCAGAGUAUAUUGCAGCAAGGUGGUGUGACUUUGAACUUGAAAUGGCUAAUAUGGAAAGGGUACAGCGAGGGUGUACUAACUCCAUCAUUGUAGCUAUCAAAGGCGACAUCCCGGCGGAUCACAUGCCCCGCCCUAUCAUGAACAUCUGGCAACAUGUCACCUGCAUCAUAUAUCCGCUCGAUGAGACAGAUAGAGACGCUUUUGAGUUAUUCUGGUGUCGACUACGGCAUAGCAUUGUGUCGUAGCAUUACUUGUUCUGUUUAGUGACUUGAUGUGCCUUUUCUCUUUUAGAAGAUAAAUGGAUGGUAUUUCGAAAUAGUACACAGGAAUAUAUGUAUAGACACAAGGGGAGUUAUAUAUUGUGACAUCCUGUGCGAUAACUCUAUGAAGUUUAUUAUAUUAUUAUCAAACUUGUCAUAUGUUUAUUUUAGAAACAAUUAUAUUUUGAUAUUCUUUAGCGUCUUGUGCAUAUUGACAUUUCUGAGUCUUUAUGAAAAGCUUUAUACACUCGUCGAUCAUGAUUUGAACAAAACUGCAGCAGUAAGUUAGCAUAAUUGUAAUACUUAUUUCUAAAGUAGCUGAUGAAUUAACUAAAGUUGUUUGUAAGGCAUGUGCUAUGUACUGUGGUAUUGAUAAUGAAAUAAUCACUAACUAGAUUGAUAAGACUGCGGUUUGAUCAUUAUAAUGUCACAAACUUUUAGACAUACCAAUGAGAGGGUUAUUUGGACAGAUAAAACAAUAUGCCGAUAUUGGCAGUGUGGUACUCUGUAGAGCCACAUCAAGGAGACGUAUAUUGACCUCAUUCAUCCCUGAAAUUUUACAAUGAACUAUUCCCAGAAAAAUCAGUGCCAUGAGAUAUGUUAGUACAAGGGGAUUGGGAAGGGGGACUAUUUAGUCGUCAAUGCGUCUAGAAAAAUUAGUAUUGCAUACUCUCAAGUUAGAUCAGGAUAACGAAUAUAUGUUUCUCAAAAGUGAUAUACUAUCCAAUCAAUGGCAGCGAGAUAGUGGACAUUGUAAACGUAAUGGCUACAUGGUGGCUCAACGGGGGGAAAUGUCGGCAAGAUAUGGGCGGAUUGGUCGAGUGGUUAACACUCCGGCUUUCCAAGCAGGAGGCAGUGGUUCGAUCCCCGAAGUCGCCGUACGCAUGGAAUAUUCAGACAAAGUGUUUUCCUCCUGCCCACACAACUUCAACAACCCAGGUGGAGUAUAAAAUGGUCUGGGGUGGAUGUUGCGGUAUCUGUGCUGUAGCAUUCAAGUGAGGUGGCGCUAUAAAUGAUACCGUUGGAAGCACGGUCCCACUACAAACAGAACACAAUACAUCUCCAGCACGCACACUGGCAUACACACAUAAGGAGAUAUUAGCCAGGUGGCAUAUGACUUGUAGUAAGCGCCUGAUAAGGCAGCUCCUGCGAAUUCCUCAAUAUUGUAUUGAUUAAUAUGUAUGCUAAUUGUAUUGACUGUAUAAACUUGUAUAUCUACGUACUGUAAAGCGAUUUAGAGUGGCUUUUGUUAGCUAGAAAGGGUGCUAUAUCAAAUGUUGUAUAGUUAUUUAUUUUAUUUAUAUGAACGAACCGGAAGUGUAAAGUGGCACACUGAAAUUAUGAUGGCUAGGUUGUAGGAAAACGUGCAAAGUGUUCGCAAAAUACAAUGUAGUGAGAAAACCGGAAUAGUGGUACAUUUUACUAUAGCUAAAGGGCAACAGGAAAUUAAGAUGGCUGGAUAAUGGGACAACCUGAAAUGUAUUUGCUGGAUAAUGGGACAACCAUAAAUUAGGAUGGCAAGAUAAAGGGACAAUCAUCAAUUAAUAUGGCUCGAUAAUGGGACAAACUGAAAAGUAUUGGCUAGAUAAAUGGACAACUAUUAAGUAUGAUGGCUAGAGAAUGGUACAACGAUGGGAAUAAUGAUGGUAUAAGAAUGGUACAACCAUAAAUUAGGAUGGCUAGGUACUUGGACAACCUGAUAUUAUUAUGGCUA